AUGAGUUAGAAAAGAUAGGAUGGCAGAAAUCUCUUGUAAAUGAGAAAUAUCGAAUUUAAACUCGCCAUUGAUCUCUCUGUUGAUGGGUCUUGCUUAUAUAAAUAAGGAUUAACUGAAGUCAUUUGUUUAGUCUAGGGGCCAAGAGCUGUAAAUAAUAUUUUCAUAUCAGAAAACAUAAUCAGAAUUACUACUUAUUGAAUACUCUGUUUCACCUUUUAGCAACAUAGAAUCAAAAAGGAAUUCUAAAUUUGACAAAGAUUAUUCAAUGUUUGCAGAAAAUCUUAAAGACUCUUUUGAAAAUCUUAUCAUCUUGGAUGAAAAUGGGAAAUCAGAAAUCUCAAUUUCAGUCUGUGUUAUUUAAAAUGAUGGUAGUUCUAAAAGUGCUGUUUUUAAUGCAAUCACUUUGGCAUUAUUAGAUGCUGGUGUUUCUAUGAAGGAUUUUCUAGUAUCAGUUACAGUUGGUCUAGAUUAAGGCAACUUAAUUGUUGAUCUAAUUUAAGAGGAAAGUAAAACAGCUCAAGGAGAACUUACAAUAUCCUAUUAAUCAAGAAAACAGAAAAUAGACUUCUAUGAAUUAAAAACAUUAAAAUUAUAAUAGCAAGAAAUGGAUUAAUUAAGCAAAUUAGCAGUAUCUAAAGCAGAUGAAAUUUAUCAGUGGAUGAAAGAAGAAAUAUAUUAAAUCAAAGAAAAAUAAAUAGAUUAAUGAAAAUUUGUGU